AUACAUUCCUGUCAUGUAAUAUUUUAUAAUUACAUAGCUCGCGAUUAAACCUGUGUCGAGUAUGCAUGCGACUACAGUUGAAUGUGCAUACGUUUACGAAUGUUGAAAAAACUAACCUGCACUCCGCCUGACAAUUAUGUUAAAGCGUUUAUGAUUUUAUAAUAAAUAAACGUGUGUUAUCAGUAAUAGAUGUCUUGUGACCUAUGUUGAUCUAGAUCAACCAGAGAAGAAAAAGUUGAUAGUAGCAGUCGUCAUCCGAGUCAAAGUAGUAGUCAAAGGACAAGUAUUUUCAUAUUUUUGACGUUAUUGCCGAUGGAAUGGGACCUCCACCUGUAGUCACUGGAAUAUCACCCAAAGAAGGUCCACCUGGCACUCGGGUAAUAGUGCGUGGUGAAUUUUUAGGAAAUAAAGCCCAAGAUCUUAUAGGACUUACAAUAUGUGGAUGCGAUUGUCUACUUUCGGCCGAAUGGAAAUCGUCAAACAAAAUUAUAGCGAGGUCAGGACCUUGCAAAGGUCGAGGGGAUAUAAUAGUAACAACUCGAAGUGGAGGACAGGGAACCUCGACAGUACAAUUCCGUGGCUACCACGAGACUAUCGGUCCUAUGAAGGAAUCAGCAGUAUGGGUAGAGGAAGCACCAAUGCAGAGUUUGGGCUGGGGUAGAAGGGCAUUGUCACCUACAAAUUAUCAACAAGAAGAUCCUUUAGGACUCAGUGUGGAGGGCAAUGACAAAAAGUUUCCCGAGGAUGAACUGAUUGAACUUUUCGGAGAUGGGAGCGGAGAUCUUACCAGUGAAAAGUUUCAUCCAGGAUGGUUUUUAUUGCAGCAUCAUCAUGCUACGACUCUGGAAGAUUUAAAGGCUGGUUUGGCUUAUCUCAGAAGAAAAGUCAAUUCUCAAAAAGAAGGCCAAUUAUCAUUUUUAAAGGCUAAUGUAGGAGCGGUAAUGGAACAACUCGACACAAUAAUGUCAUUAAAGGAUCAAUUCGAAGCAGAUGUAAAGAGCUAUGGCAGUGAUCCCACGGAAAAAUUGGAAAAAGCUAUUAAGCAGUCCAUGUCAGAAGCUAAUAAAUUAUUCGAUGAUGUACUGGCGAGAAGGGAUAGAGCCGAUGCCACUCGCAACGCAUUGGCUGUUAUGCAACGUUAUAAAUUUCUCUUUUGCAUGCCAAUAAACAUCGAAAGAAACAUUAAACGUGGCAAUUAUGAUCUCGUGAUUAACGAUUAUGCUAGAGUUAAAAAUCUGUUUAAAAAUACAGAGGUGGAUGUUUUCAAAAAAGUAUUGGAAGAAAUUGACAAUAGAAUUAGCAAUUUUAAAGUGCUGUUACGAAAAAAAUUAGAAGAGAUGCCAUUUAGUUUAGAGGAGCGUAAGAAGAUUAUUAGAAACCUUGUCAACCUCGAAGCCGAAGGUGAUCCAGCAUGGGACGCGAUAGUUUCACAUGCAAAUUACUUAGAGAAAAGUAUUGCCAAUGCCUUGCACGAACAUUUGGAUGGAGUUAAGAUUAAUUGCGAAGAUGCGAACAAAACAUCUAAGUAUGUGCCCAUAAAUAUUAAGCAUUUACGCUCGCAUAAAAAUAGCGGAAAUAACUCAUCACCGCAAAUCUCAUGUGUCGAAGCAAUUUGCGAUAUUGUGGUCGAACAAUUGCCAGAUCUAUGGAGAUUGGGACAGAGUUAUUUCACAGGACAGCUACAUGUAGCAGUAGAUGUGGAGAAGCAAAGUCAUUUCAAAAGUUUAGUUUUAUCGAAUAUGCAACAUGCCAUGGGAGCUAUGAAAAAUAUAUGUAGUCAUGAUGUAGAGGCAAGAUGGCUUUUACAUAUUUUACGUUGCGUCAGGCAAAUGUAUGCAUCUCUAAUACAUCUGGAUUUGCCUAGUGAAGCUCUCGAUAUUUUUGGAUCGUUUAUAUUGGAUUUAAGGAUACAAUGUUUAAUCGCUCUUUUCAAACAAGGAGCGGACAAUAUAAUGGCUCUGAAUCAAAGAGAAACGUGGCAAAUAGAAUAUUUGAAUGAGGAUGGUGGUGUUACAAAACUGCCAUAUCUAUUUGAGGAAAUAGUCCUGACAAUAUCGAAACACGCGCGGGAAACGGUAGUUGUUUGCGGUCCAAGAGAAGGGCCAUUGUUCAAUAAUCCAACUCAUCAGAUUCUUUAUCAUAAUACCAUUAAGACGUUAUUCACAUCAUUUGCGCGAUGCCUACAACAGUUAGCAUUUAGUGGUUGCGAGGAAGCUAUGGAUAACGACGAAACAUCGGUUUCGCAGUUGAUCGGCUCGCCUUCUGGUUAUAAAAACAAAACCAACAAGUAUCAAGGUCCAACCUGGGAACAAUGCCUUUUAAUCUCAUUAAGCAAUAUACGAUACACUCUAAACACUGUCUUACCAAGAAUCGAAGAUGCUCUGAAAACGCAAGGUUACCCAGAACUAUCUACCGCGGUUGGAUGGAAAUCGGAUUGGACGCAAUUGGAGACGUUGGACAGCGCCGUUUUAGACGCGUACUUAGAACGCCGUUGUGAUCCACUUGUUGGUACGAUAGAACCCAGCAUGUACUUGGGUGGUUUGGAAUGGGACUUCGAUACAGAACCGACCCAUCUCAAGCCAUAUGCUCAAGAAAUAUUGGCGAAUCUAAUCGCGGUACACGCGGAGGUACGUCGGGUCGCUCCAGCUCUGUUACAACGAAUUCUGUCCCACAUAAUAGAGACCAUAGCGGAGGAACUCGCGCGGCUCAUGUCGUGUGUCACGCAAUUUCGUCCAGCCGGAAUUAUUCAAGCACGAACGGAUAUAAUUCUCUUGAGAAAUGCCCUGCAAGCCUAUAGCACGAGUAGAGCGAGAAACUUUUUCGAGGAAGCUCUGGAUGCGAUACCUCAGCCGAUGAACAAGGAAGAUCGCAUGAGAAUAGACGCUCUUUUGUUAAAAGUCACAACCUGUAUGCGAUUGCAGUUAUCGUGUCUUGCCAGUGAGGUAACAGAAAACAUUCGUUAUUUAACAGCAGAUCCAGAACGCGUUACCACUGUAUAAUUUAUAACAAUCAAUCAAAGUAGUACGUACGAUAGUACGAUCACGGGGAAUUUCUAAAUUAAUAAGAUUUCUAUCACUGUUAUCAUAAACGUAUUUAAUGCAGUAUAAUUGUAAUAUUGUACAAUGGAAAUAUCAAAUAUCCAACAAAUUUAUGAUUUGAUGGAUUAUU